CGCUGUACAAACGUCUUGCUUUGUUCUCCGAGAUCUUUUCUGUAUUUGGAGUAAAGAUGUAUUGUUCUCAUUCUUUUCUAGACUAUAAUCGAGCGCAGCAGCUUUGCGAUGGUCAUCGUUUGUGCCGUUUUGUGUAAUGUAAAGCUAGAAUUGUGUUUUAAUGAUUUAAUGUUUUGUUUUUCAAACAGCUGCCACCCGUACAAAAUGAGCCCAAGAGAAGAUGCCCCUGCUGACCGCGGCUUCUUCGUCGGGAUCAUAUUCUUCAUCCUUGGCCUGGGAGCGCUGUUGCCAUGGAACUUCUUCAUGACGGCGUCUAUGUAUUUCAACAACAGACUCAACGCGUCUGAAUGGAGUAAUGCAACAGUAACCACCAGGAAGGAGUAUUAUUUCAAUAACUGGAUGACUCUGCUAUCCCAGCUGCCUUUGCUGCUCUUCACUUUGCUCAACUCUUUUCUCUAUCAGUGGAUCUCGGAGAAGAUGAGGAUAGCAGGCAGUCUGGUCUUCAUCCUGCUCCUCUUCAUCCUCACUGCUGUGCUGGUGAAGAUCCCGAUGGAGGAGGACCGCUUCUUCUCCGUCACCAUGGCAACCAUCUGGUUUAUCAAUUCGUUCGGGGCCGUGUUACAGGGAAGUCUGUUUGGUUUGGUGGGUUUGUUGCCGCAGAGGUACAGCGCUGUCUUUAUGAGCGGACAGGGACUCGCUGGGACAUUUGCUGCUCUUGCAAUGAUCUUCGCCAUCGCAAGUGAAGCUGAUAGUGAGUCUGCAGCUCUGGGUUAUUUCAUCACUCCGUGUGUCGGGACACUCGUCACGCUCUUCAGUUACAUGCUGCUGCCAAAGCUGGAGUUUGCUACAUUUUACCUGGACAGAAAAAGCAAGAGUUACGAGCUUGAGACGUCCAACCGGCUUCUGCCUACAGUUGAUGUUGAAGUCUCGGAAAUGACCAGCGAUCUGUCUGUUGGCUCCGUGCCGAACGGGAAUCCUAAUAAAGGUGAUAGCGGUGUGAGUGAAGAGGAGGGUGUCAGACAGGCCUUCAUCCCGCUGCAGUCAGAAAACACGUCCACGCAGAAGAGCUCCAUCCUGGAAGUCUUCAAAAAGGUGCCGUUAUAUUUUACCAAUCAAAGUCAAGUCACCUUUAUUUAUAUAGCGCUUUAUACAAUACUGGUUGUGAUGUGCAUCACAGUUUUGUCUCUCUUUCUCUUUCUCUCAGAACGAUACUUCAUUCCUGUUUUUUGUUUUCUCUUUUUUAACGUGAUGGACUUUACUGGCAGAUCUGUCACGUUAGCAUUUAAGUGGCCCUCUAAAGACAGUCGUUUGUUCCCGGGGUUAGUGGUUUGUCGAGUGAUCUUCGUUCCGCUGCUCAUGAUGUGUAACGUGCAGGAGAGACACUACAUGCCUGUGCUCUUCUCAAACGACUUCGUGUUUGCCACAAUCAUGGUGUUUUUCUCCGUGUCCAGCGGAUACUUUGUGUGUCUGUCCAUGACGUACGCGCCACAGCUUGUGGAGCCUAAAGAUGGCGAGACGGCCGGUGCGUUGAUGACGUUUUUUCUGGCUCUGGGUUUGUCGUUGGGAGCUGCGUUGUCGUUUCCUCUGCGCCUCCUUGUCUGACGCUCACGCUCUCGCUCUCAAUCCCAGGUCCUCGGCUCUCAGGGCGCCUGCGGCAGCACUUGUGUGUCAAUCUGAUCUCUUACAAACCAGGCAAAUUCAUAAAGGGAAGCAGCGGCAUUCCUCCGUUUUAUUCGGCAGCUAAAAAACA